AUGGACCCCAUCGACCUGCUACGUGACGUGGCCAAGUCAUUCAGCACCAAUGAAGAGAUCGCGUCUACAGAACGAGUGUCAGUCGAUAUCACACGGCUGUCGCUGUUUCGCGAGGCAAAGUUAGCGGAGGCGCGUGACAAGUUACAAGAUCAGAUCCGACAGAGAGAUCUGUGCCAGGAAUCGGUCGCCGGAGACUCCACAACAAGCGAAAGAACCCAACAUGUGCAUGAGCUGGAACGCGAGAAGAUGCGCCUGGCGCGUGCCAUCAAUGAUCUCGAGGAGACUCUGAAUGCCACGCAAGCAGCGACCUCGAAGCUGAAUGCCGAGCUCGAGCUCGUGGAAAAGGAAAGCCAGCAGCCCAUCGAGUCUGCAGUGGAGAACGACUCGUCUGCAGCCCUACAGCUCAAGCUGUUCCGAACCCUAGGUGUCACUUUCGACGCAGAGAAGCCUGAGAAGUACACAAAAUGCAUGAUCAGAUCUAACACAACCUCAAACGUGGCCACCCUGGAUCUCAACGUCAAGGAGUACAGUGGAUUCUUCAUCACAAACUACAUUUGGGACAAGUUGUGA